AUGGACGAUACUGCUAAUUCCACCUCGCAAUCCUCGGUACUGGUUCCCUCCUCCAGUGUCGCUGUAAAUGGUAACCCAGUGAGAAAGCGAGGAAAAGAAGCAGCAGAGAAGCGCGAGUCCUCUUUUCGAUUACAUGUUCUUGAUUCGCACAUGCGUCUCAAUCUUCUUCAUCAAGGAGCUGUACACUUAUCAUGCCAAAGUUCGGGGAUCAAUGAUGGCUAUGCAAAACUCGCUCGACGAUACGCCAAAUUAUUCAAAGAUGUGCUGAAAACAGAGCGAGUGAAAAUCACACCCGCCAUAGGCCAAACAUUUUGCCGGAAAUGCAAACAGGUGUUCGUUGCUCAGGUGGAACGGUGUGAAUUAAACUUCGUGCAACGGAAGGUCAUACAACGAAGAUGUCUGUUGUGCGGUUAUGCGCGAAACUACGAAUGGAACACAGACUAUCUUUCUCGGAAUGAAAGGCACUGGAAGCAACAAGGCGAUCUCUAA